AUGGUGGGUGUGGCGAGCUUUGUUGUGGCUUGUGCUGGUAGCAGAUUGGAGGCUCUAAUCUUCGUCUGCUAUGGUGGUUCCGCUGAAUUGUUUUGUCGGUGCAGCAGGGUGGUGAAAGUCGCUGAGCCUGCAAGUUUUUUCAGGAGUUUGAUUGCUGUAUCGUGGCCGAUUUACAGAUUACCUAUUGUCGGAAUUGGUUGUGAUCAAGGUUUUAAAAAACGGUCGCGUUGCGGCUUUCGCGAUUUCGGAGUCAUGGUUUUGGUUCACCGAGGGCAAAACGCGACAGUCAAUAGCGGCUUGGGGUCCCGAGCUGGAAAUGUCUACUGGGACAGAAGUGCAAAGGAAUCAAUCGAUUAUGAAGUCUGUUCUGAAGUUCAAGAUUGUGCAGUAACAGUCUUUGUUUAA